GCCAAACGUGUUAAACUUUUUAAUAGUCAUAAAACUGUUUCGCUUCCAAUAAGUUAUUGGUUGUGAUUUACUGUUGUUUUUCAAUUUCAAACUAUGAACGAUUGUAACUAAGUAGGAUUAUAAACAAGCAAUGGAAGUCAAACGUAACGUCCAAUCUAAGAUGGCGUCGCUGUCACUGUCAAUGGCGCUGCUGCUACUGGUGGGGCUGCUCGAGUGCGCACGCGCAUUCAACUGGCGCGCCAACCACGUGGACGAGAGCAGUGGGGAGAUGUUCCAACUUCAAGAAGCCGCAAGAGUUCAGCUGAAAUUCGCCGCGUCACCAGAGGUGGUCCCUCAGAGGCGCUCCGGACACCACCAGCAUCAGAGGAGCAGGAAGAAAGCCAAGAAACAUGGUCAUAAUUAUCAACACUUGCGAAGAUUCUCUCCAGUAACCAAUGACACCCAGAACGAUGAUGAAAAUCAGGACGUUGAUCUGGUGACAACUAUCACACCCGUCCCUGACACAUCAACGCCACAUGCCAUCUCCACCGACAUUCAGGAGGCUCCGUUCAUGGCGGCCGUGCUGCUCAACCGGCAGCUGUGGUGCACCGGAGUCAUCAUUGAUGGAGACAAGGUGCUCACCGCCGCGCAUUGUUUGCAGCUGCAGCACGACAACAGGUUCUUCAAAGAAUACGUCAAGCUCCUCUCCGUGAGAGUCGGGUCCAGCGACGCCGCGGUCGGCGGGGAGGUCCUGUGGGUGACCGACAUCGUCUUCCACCCAAACUACAAGCCCGAGACCCUGGAGUUCAACCUCGCAGUGGUGCGCCUCAGCAAGAACUUGACCUUCGGGAGAGAUAGCGAUGUGGACAAGAUUGAAGUUUCGAGGGAGGAUUUUAUACCGAAUGAUAAUAAUGUUACGUUUCUGGGAUGGGGUGAUGUGUCGGGUGAAGAAGGCGAUGUCCAGAGUCUGCAGCGGCUGGAGCUGCCGGUGUACGACUACAGCGACUGCCAGGAGGUCUACGGCAAGGAGCUGGUCACCAGAAACCACUUCUGUGCCGGCUUCAUCACCUCAGCCAAGAAUGUUUGCCGUCACGGGGCGGGUGGCGCUGCCGUGCUAGACGGGCAACUGGCGGGGCUGCUGACGUUCUCAAGCAGCCGGUGUGGGCCCGACCAGCCCGCCGUGUUCACUGCUACUGGAUCUGUGGUCAGCUGGCUUGAUAGCGUCGGAGAUAACACUUAUGUUAAGAAUGCAGGCCUACGACGGAGAUUUGGAUAAUCUUCAAAGGAGAACUCCAUUUGUUUUUGUUACCUACAUUAUUUAUUAUUUUUACAAGUAUCUAGCAGGUGACCGGCAACAAU